CACUACUAUUCAUAAAAUAUCUGACUAGUGGCAGUUUGAAACACUCUGACUUAUCAAAUUACUACCCUCCAAGAUGACUCUUGUUCCUUCAUCAACACCAUUCUCUCAAUUCCGGCUCCUUUCCUUUGACAUCUAUGGGACUCUGAUUGAUCAGGAAACGGGCAUAGUGACCGCUCUCCUGGACUCACCUCACAUAUCCAAACUCCCACCCUCUCACCCGUUCAAAACAUCUCGAUCGGAAUUGCUGAACGCUUUCAAAAAGCACGAGCAUCCUAUCCAAAAAUUGCACCCAACUUUGCUAUACAAAGAUGUGCUCGCACGUACCUACAAGCGCCUGAUAUCUACAUCUGGCGACGUACUAGGCGACGAGCCACUCGACGCCGCCGCAGACCGAUUUGGAGCCUCAAUAAAAGACUGGCAGGCCUUCCCAGAUACAGUACCAGCAUUGAAGUCAUUGGCAAAGCAUUUCAAGCUCGCACCUUUGUCAAACAUCGACAAUGCGUCGUUGAAGUUGACGCUCGAGAAUGGACUCGCAGGAGCAUCGUUUGAUGCGUUGUAUACUGCGGAGGAUAUUGGAUCAUACAAGCCGGACCUCCGAAAUUUUGAGUACCUCAUCAAACACGCUGGGGAAGACUUUGCUGACGACUUUGGGAUAGAGAAAGGGGAUAGUGAGGAGGUCAAGAGGGAGAAAGUGAAGAGCCAGCUCUUGCACGUUGCGAUGGCUUUGUUUCACGAUCACGUCCCGGCGAAGGCCCUGGAGCUGGAGAGCGUGUGGGUAGACCGUGAGGUUAACAUCCUUGGUCGCACCAUGGAAGGCGAAGAUAUCAAAGACAAGGCGAGUUUUGGAUGGCAUUUGCAUAGUCUUGGAGAGCUCGCAGCCAUGGUAGAGGAGCAAAUAGCAAAGUUGAAAUAGUGCUACAGCAUAUACAGUACUAGGACACGAAUUUGGGCUAUCGUCUUAUUCAUCUCGUCCCGU